GCGCGCUGAAGUCAGUUGGGCUUGGCCAGAGCUGUGCUCCAGCAGCGCAGUCAUUACUUGGCGUACAUAACUUUGUAACUAAAUAUAAAUGCGGCUAUAUAAAUACCUCCGUCUGCACUUCUGCAAAGAACGCUUCUAGGGGUGCCCUAUGCCCAGCCAGACUGGUUGUCAAACACAGGGCUGUGUUUCUCUGCAGCAUGGCAGGCUGUGGAGAAGUGGACCGUUCAGUGAAUGCCCUGGCUCCCUCCAAGCUGAUAGAGGAAGUAGGAGAUAUCUGUGCCACAGACCCCUCCAGCUCCACCACCACCCCAGAGUGCGCCAUCUGCCUGCAGAGCUGCGUCCACCCCGUACGUCUCCCAUGCUGCCAUGUCUUCUGUUUCCUGUGUGUGAAAGGUGCCUCCUGGCACAGCAAGCGUUGUGCUCUCUGCCGACAGGAAGUCCCAGAGGACUUCCUCGAGCGGCCAGUUCUCCUCUCACCUGAAGAACUGAAGGCAGCGGCUACAGGGGUGAACCGAAGUGGCGGGACAGGGGGUGGUUCCCAUGGAGACUAUGCAUGGUAUUAUGAGGGGCGCAAUGGCUGGUGGCAGUACGAUGAGAGGACCAGCCGUGAGCUGGAGGAGGCCUUCUCCAAGGGCAGGAAGAGCACAGAGAUGCUCAUUGCAGGGUUUCUUUAUGUGGCUGACCUGGAGAACUUGGUGCAGUAUCGUCGGAAUGAGCUUGGCCGCAGGCGCAAGAUAAAGCGAGAUGCUGUAGAUAUCCCUAAGAAGGGAGUGGCGGGACUGAGGUUAGACCCUGAACCUGCCCCCAGCCCUGCUUUACCAGUUGUCAACCCAGCUGCAACAGAACGCGUCAGCUCAGCUGAUGGAUCGGACACUGCAGGCCAAUCACAGUCUUCAUCAUUUAGGAUUUUGUCUCUUCCUGCUGUUAGACCUCCAACACUCCUGGGGCGCCAUCUCACCAGUCCUUUGUCCCCCUCAACCUCAACCCUGGAAGAGUCUUUCUCUCAGCUCCUAAUCAGCCAGCCAGAGGGGGAACUGGUGGAAGGAGCCAAUGAGCUCCAGACGCAUGAGUAUGCAUCCGGCAACAGUGAGAGUGAGGAGGAAAUGGAGAGCGAGAGAGGGAGAGCAGAAUUGAUGCCGCGGAGAAGACAUAGACAAAGACCACUAAGAGAGAGCCAGCCGGCCAGAAUGCCUCCAAGGGGUGGGCCCUCCAACCCUGCACUCAGUCUUCGCUCACGUAGUCCUGAUGGACAGUGCACUGUAACAGAAGUGUGACUGCAACUGGACAGUGGUAUCCCUCUUCCAGAUGACAGAUGCUAAACUCUUAUCAGUUCAGCAAAAAAAGUUUGAAAACUAGUAUGCACCUUUUAAAGGUCCCUUGAAAUGAAAAAUCCUUUUAUUGUGAUGUUAAUUCUGUCACUGGGUGAAUUUCCCCCCAUUGAUCAUGUGCCAGAUAUUAUUCUAAAAUUCAGUUUACCUGUUUUUAUAUCAAAAUAUUUUCUGGUUAUUCAAAGCUGUCCAUCCAGUUGAUUGUAAUCUUAGUUUUGUCAGCCAACCCUUUUUUUUAAACCUGCAGUUCUACAAAGGUAACUAGCAGUAGCAGCAAUGACAUGGGUCACAGCUGUGCUGUACUUGAAUGUUAGUUUGCAAAAACAAAAAAAAUAGCUCUUUCCACUACUAACAUUUAAUUUCUUAACACCUGAGAAACUCAUGGCGGUCUUUGUUAUCCUACAAAUGAUAAGAGUCCUCCACCCAAUAUUGUGUUUCAUGCAGAAAUACCUAAAAGUUUCAAAAAAGAUGCAAUAUUGAAGCCAUUUCAAGAGACCUUUUAAAAUGUCUUUUUGCUUUUUGUUAAAGACUUUAAAAAACUAGUUUCUGCCGGCAAUAUUAGACAAUGGUAGUCAUGCAUCGCUCUCAGCAACAGUCUUGUUUCCAGCCCAGAAAAAAUGUUGUGAUGAACUGUGGCAACUACUUGAGCAAUGCUGUCAAAAAACUACCCUGUCACUGCCUUUACAUCAGUAUGUGACAGCCGAAUGCAACUUCUUUGAAAUCUAACUACUCCCUCUUUGUUCGCUAAUCUUUUGAGCUCAUGGUUGAGGGUUUUUUGUUUUUUUGUUUUUUUUUUUUUCCUCUUUUGGAGUGAUGAUAUAAAAAUCAAACUUAAAUGUAGCACCAUAUGUACAAGUUACAUAUGGUUAAAACUGCUUUUCCUACUUUGCUGAUUUAGGUUAUUUGAAGUAAUGAAGUUUUAAUCAGGACCUAAUUAAGUAUUUAAACUGGAGUUUGUGUGCACGUGUGUGUUUGUAUGUUUAAGUUUACGAAGGGGCGAGACGUUGUAUUCUCUUGUUUUAGUGUGAAAAGUCUUGUUUUAGUAAUGACGUGUUUGUGUUGUCGUGAGCGGUGUUGAGUGCCGAAAAGCUACUGGCAGAACCACUGGAAAGUGUUAGGCUAUAUGUGGAGAGACACAUUUGGAUUUUCUAUUUCUUGUCAUAAUACUCUUGAUAGGGCUCCUAUCAACGCACUGGUAUUGACUAACUUGGACAAGCUCAAGCUGUCCUCACACGCUCUGUUUUUUUUGUUUUUUUUCAGCUGCUAUUAUUUUAAUUGUCAACUUUUCAUAGCUGGUGUCUUACUGUCUGGAUUACCUAAAACAAACCUCUGUCUGUGUGGUGUAGUCUGCGUGGUAUUUUUGUCAAGUUAUUAAAGUAUUUAUGUAUGAUUUAAAAUCACAUGUUGGCUUUUUUUUUCAGUUUUUUUGUUUUUUAAUUGAGGAUUACACGGCAGAAUAUAUUACAGAUUUCUGGGAAGACUGAAAAAAGAGGUGGCACUGAUCCAUAGAUCUGUUUGCAAUGUGUGUCUGGAUUUUAUUCUAAAUGCAGUGUACCUUCAGAGUCCAUAGGAUGGAGCUGUUGCACAGAGAGGUUGGGCAAUUGUGAACACCUGUUAAACAUAGUCCGAGAGCUCAAGUCAAAACAAACAGGCUGUUGUGGUUCUAAUCAUAACAUAUUGUGUAAGUAUACACUGUACUUGUUCCCUUCUGUUAAUUUAAAGGAAGCUUUAUUGCUGAAGCUAGAUGUCAAGAUUGGCAAGAAAGCGAAUAAGCGUUAUCCCAUAAUGUCAAUCUUUUUCUUUGAUAAUUACCUACAAUGUUGGUUUCCUCCUGUCUGCAUUAUUAGAUGAUUCAACACAAAGAAAUGUGAUCAGGAUACUGAAAUUUGUAGUAUUGGGGUAAUAGCAACUAAAAGUAAAAAGGGAUGUUUAUGGUUUUGAGACUUGAUAGGAAAUAAUUCCAAAUUUUGAAGCCCAAGCUUAACAUUAUAUUUUGUGUUUUACAAUAAUUUACUACUAAUUUACAAUCCUGGGUAUGCCACCAGAUUUGUUUAUGUAUUGAUCCUACUACUGUAUACUCAGGAUAGAGAAUUAAAAAGAAAUGUCUUAAAAGACUGUAGGAGAGACUUGCAGAUACAUUCUUUAUUUGUAUUAUGACUAUUGUGUUAGGUGAUAGACAUUGAUAGAGAUCUUGGGUAUGGCAGAUAUAUAAAACAUCAGAAACUUAGGCUGAGGGGCCAGUUUCUCCUUUUUAUUAUAGAGUAAGUUGUUCUAACUAACUAGAUAAUGAGUUUUGUAAUUCUCUACAGAGAAAACAGUUAAUUAUCUAAACUAGUUUAUCUUCCUACAAUAUUAGCAAUAACAUUUUUUGUCGGUUGUCUUUACAGCCUUGUGGUUUAGUGCUUGUCUCACACCACUGUGAGGGACUGUGGGGCCGUGGCUACUUGCUACACAGCUACUGGUUCCGACUGAAGUAUAGGCCUCUGAAUGUACAGGUUUGUCUAAGAUUUGUGUGAUGAUGAGAUGUUGCCUAAAACAAGACCACUGCUACCAAUGCAGCUGAGCUACAGCAUUUGGCAGCUGAAGAAAACCACAGGCUCAUUGUGCAGUCCGACUGUGACUUGAAUAAGAAACAGGUUUUAAUGAGCCAGACUUUGGCUUGUGUAACUUCAAUGACGAGGGUGCCCAAAUGUUGAUUGGCAAAAGAUGUGUUUCUGCUUUUGGAUACUUUGGGUAUAAUUGGCCCGCCUCAGCAAAUGUCACAACUAUCAUUUCGACAUAUUUCCAUUCAUGUAUUGUCCUCAUGGCAGGGUUCACUCAACAAAACCAUGGUGACACUAUCAAUUAAGUUCAUAUUUAUGAUGUAAUGUUUUCCAGUUCUUCAGAAAUCAAACAUUCAUUUCAGUGUUCACUAUAUGUACAGAUUUCCUUUUUUUUAAGCAAGUGAAAAAUGGGGAUUAGCAGCCAAUAAAAUAACAUUAGUCUAUGUUUUGGCUUUGGUGUAUCAAACAAAUUUGCAAAACAAGAGUUCGACAUUACAGAGGGUGUAUUUAGUUUUACUAAAAAAAAAUUUUUUUAAAAACUGCUGGGAUCCUAGUUAACACGUACUGUACAUCCACAUAGGUUUUGAUGGGCAACAAACUAAUUUAAUUGAUUUAAAAAGAUGAAAAAUGCCCCAAAUUGAUUUUUUUAUUUAACUGUGCACACUAGCCUGCAUGGCAACUUAAGUUUAAUAGUCGAUUGCGCAAACUAAGUUUAACCCAUAAGGUAACCAACAAAUAUUGUGCUUGGGGAUCAUCUGUUACUUGUAGCCACUGUUAGAGACCCACAUGGGCAGACAUUCGUGGAACAUAUAUGGAGGCUAUGGACAAAUUUAUAUGGCCCUCUCUUGUUUGUCCUAAUUGACCCAUACUGCGUAUCAGCCAAUCGGUAACAUGCUGUAUGUGACACCCACACGGACAAGUACGCUGGGAUGUUUCACAGCCUCCAGCGUCGGAAAAUCUUCAUACUGGGUAUUGUCCGAACACUUGAAUGAAAGGGCCAUGAAUGUUUGUACAAAAUUUCAUGGCAACCCAUCCAAUAGUUAUUGACACAUUUCAGUCUGGAGCAAAGUGGUCAACCAACCAACACGUGGUCAUUAGAGGGAAAAAAAAAUCUGUUAAGUUAACAUUAACUCUCAAUCAACUGAGGAAAAUCUAAUUAAUUCAAUAAUAGUGAUACACACAAGACAUAGAUAAAACAAACCUCCAGACCUGUUUAUGGCUGAUAAAGGCCUGCUUAUUAGCAAUCAACCUGAUAUGACCCAUCAUUGAACCAAUGAUUUUAUUAUGUUUAAUUACUUAAAAGCUAUUUUCCACCAGCUGUUGACAUUGUUUUUCUACCUUCUUGUGGAGCAGGCAAAACAUCGGACAUAAAAAUAUGUGAUCUUUUUUCCGCUCCAAAAUUCAGCAGCAGCAUGUGCAUGCUGGACUGUAUACAGAUACAUCAGCAAUAUGUAUUAUGUAGGGCAUGGCCUUCGCUAGCAUGCUAUGAUAACCUUAUAGACAGAUUUAUAUGUCAUGGAAAGAGGGACUGUAUUUAGAUUGAACAUGUAUGGCGCAGCAUUUGGUGGAGGACAUACAGAGACAUGAGAGAUGUGGUGCCAGUGUGAAGGACAACAGCAGAAGGAGAGCAGAUACCGUACAGUAAAUGAUGUUGACAAAGAAACAAUGACAUUAUGUGUUUCUCUUUGUGUGCAUGAUAAGAGGUCAAGACUACUUGUGGUCUUGGCAUCCACUGUGUGAUAACGCCAGACAUAUUUUGCCCAUUGAACAUGCAGGCCGGCCGGCAGGCCGGAGACAAUACUUCUGUACGUUUUCAGACACAUAGCUGCACUUUAACUCCCCCAUACGUGCUAUCAUAUCCUGGACAAACGCCUUCGUGGCCUAACUCCAUAUGCUACAGAAAAUACACAUGCCGUCUCCAGUCCCUCCACAAAUAGUCCCGUCAUAACCACAUCUCUCGCCACCCUGAGGCCCACAGUAGAGCAUUGUUGUUGUGUGGAUUAUUUAUGACCUUGUUUUUGUAAAGGAAGGUCAACUGGUGGUGUCCAUUAAGUAUAUGUGUUCUUAGAAAACUGUUAUUUUUAAAUCUCGAAAGGUUUAUUGUGUAAGAAAACAAAAAACGUGCAUGCUAAUUGAUAGUUGUUUUCACUUGACUGACAUGUUCAUACAGUAUCUGUGUAAGUGUAAUAAUGCCGUUGUCAUAUUGUUACAAAAACUGUGAGUAUGUGGGUUGUACUCUGCAGCUGUGCAUGUUGUGUUUACACAUUUAUGUGCAGUAUGUCAUCAGUAUUUCUAACCAUAACGCUGAGAUUCACAGACAGGGUAUCUCAUUCAUAUACAGGAGCCAGGAAUGACCUCACUCCCACUGCAGCCAUCAUCAACCUUACACCAUUAGAGCCUAUCAAGUGACAUGCCUGACUAAGCCUGGUGCUACUGAACCAUUUAUAACAGCGAUGAGUCACAUUAUUACUAUGAUGACUUCUAAAAUCAUAAAGAUUAUGUCUGUGCGCAUUCU